AUGGACGAGCGGCUUGUACAUCCUGCGCAGCUCUACGACUAUGUCAAUGACUAUCUUCGUCUGAUUAAACCUCAGCCCAUGGUUCGUGUGCAAGGCUGGCACUGGCAGACUCGCCAACGGGUCGGCAAGAGGGAGAACAAGACUCAGCAAGAGAGGGUGUAUGACUUUGACGUUGUCUUGAGCAUGCACAACUUCCUACCUUCAUCUACGGAUCGUGACGCAGCGGAUGAUGUUUGGUGGGUUCCUCACUCGGUGGAGAACAGUGACAAGGCACAUCGUGGCAGCUGGCGCAAGACACGAGCGAAGGGGUCUACUCAACACAUCGAGGUUGGCGAAGACCGCAAACCGGAGUUGCUGGACUGGUGCGAGGACUUCUGCAGCAACACAUCUGCGUUGAAGAUCUUCCGUGUCUCUCGCAAUGUCACUGGGCUGGACACGGACGCUAUUCAGGAGAUGAUCGUCCCACUUGUGCGGCAGACGCAUUAUCGAGGACACAUCAACAUCACCUUUCCGAUCGCGGACAAGAAUGUAGACAUCUACUCGCCACACUGGAUUAAUCGCGCGAGGAUGACCUGGGUCAGGUGGAUUUUCUACUUGACCUUCCUUUGGAUCUUCACCUGGCCUGUCCUACUGUUCACGACCAAACGCUGGGGCGUGUAUAAAGUCGACUGGCGGUUUUCGCACGAAUUUGUGGAGAGUGAUGGUACGCGGAGGAAGCGAUACGCCACGAUCAGCGAGCACGAGUGGGUGAGACGGCAUGCCAAUUUGAUCAAGAGUCUCGUGCUGGAUAAGUUCCAUGGUGAUGCCACGACGUUUCCCACCGAUGUCGAUGAGGCCGAUGCUCAGCGGAGGAGGAUAUCUAUGCCACGUGCUGGUAAUGGCAGUCUGGAUUCAGCUCUCAGUUUCAUACAGGGUGGUGUUGGUGCUUGGGGCGCAUUGAAUGGGCGAGGCGGCGACGGCUGGGGCGCUGAUUGUUGAACACCGCACUUCUCGAUCCCACGAAUGACGAAUAUUUGUACACAACAGCCUUCCAAGAGCGCCCUCUCUCCCACUCCCUUCUCGGCACGCCUCGCCGAAUCACCGCAUACAUCUUCCGGCAUUCCGCCAGUCGAGCAAUCAGCGGAGGAGCCAAGAGAUGGAGCAGAAAGAGGCAGACCGUGAUCGCAAAGGCAGAUCGUGAUCGGAAUGGCAGACCGUGGUCGCACAGACCGUUAUAAGCCAUUCUUCCAGCUUGCCUGACCGGUGCCAGAGGUGAUAUCUUGCGGCAAGAGGAUAUCGUGUCCUCGCACGCAGAAGAUGAUCUCGAGGGUGAACAAGAGCAGCUCACCAUGGGUGAGAAGCGACUCCUGCUCCGACAGCGCAAGCUCGAACUCUAGAAGUACAUCAGACGCAAGGCCGCCGCCGAUGCUGGAGAACAACAAGCCGCACCCAAGCGUUUCGUUGCCAACAACCACCCCGAGCACAACGAAU